CUCUCCUUUCAACUCCCCCAACUCCAAUCCUUUCCUUCCCUCCACCCUCUUUGGUUUCUUAGGAUCUUCCCCCCCCCCCAGAUCUAUCACUCCCACUUGUCCAAUCCUCUUCAUUAUUCCCAAACCUAAUCUCUGUUUCAUCAGCUCUCUCUGCUUUGGUUCCUUCCUCGGACCCUUGUCCGGCGCAUGGACUAUGUUGCAUCCGACAGCACUGGUACUGAUGAUCUUUCUCUAUCUCCUCAAUACAGAAUUCCAAAAGGGCGUCAAUUUGCUGGAUUUGAAAGAUCUUCAGUAGGUUCUAUAUCAUUCGAUAAGAAGUAUACUGACAUGGAGGCCCAAAUUCAUUACCUCGAGCAAGAAGCAUAUUGUGCAGUCCUGCGUGCUUUCAAAGCUCAGUCUGAUGCGAUUACUUGGGAAAAGGAAAGUUUGAUUACAGAACUUAGGAAAGAAUUAAGAGUAUCAGAUGAUGAACAUAGAGAGCUUCUUGGCAGGGUUAACACUGAUGAUAUCAUCAGUAAGAUAAGAGAGUGGAGAACAGCAGGUGGGCAUCAAGCUGCGAGAUUCAGUGCAGCCCAACCUGUUUAUGAUCUAUCCAGUCCUACCGUUUCAGCAUCCCGAAAGAAGCAGAAAACAUCCCAAUCGGGUCACGCAUUCCUUGGUUUGUCCUCGAUGAAGUCUAUGCAGUACCCUUCUACAGGACCUUCUUUGAGUCGGCAGCUUACCAGCCGCAGUUCUACUGGUCCCCUUGCCAUACCAGAACCUGCUGAACCCAAUACAUAUGAUUUAGUUGGAAAGAAAGUAUGGAUGAGAUGGCCAGAAGACAACAGCUUCUAUGAGGCCCAGAUAACAGAUUACAAUAUCAAUGAUGGCCGACAUGCUUUGAUCUAUGAUAGAAAUACAGCGAAUGAGACAUUUGAAUGGGUAGAUUUCAAAGAGAUAUCUCGUGAGGAUAUUCGUUGGGAAGGUGAGGAACUGCCCUCUCAUCUAGGAAAUCAUGGCAGCGGACAAGGACGUAGGGUGAAGAAAUCUACAAAUCAUGGUGGUCCAGUUACUGGGAGAGGUCAAGGACAUAUAAAGCUUCAAUCAAAGAAACAACUUCUUCCUUCAGAAAAUGGCCUAGCAAUUAAGUUGCCAGAUGAUCUAGAAUUAUUGAAUACUGAUUCUCUGGUAAAAGAGGUGGAGAGAGUUUUCAAUGCAAGUAAUCCAGACCCCUUUGAGCUUGAAAAAGCACGGAAAAUGCUGAAAGAUCACGAACAGGCACUUGUUGAUGCCAUUGAAAGGCUUGCAUAUGCAUCAGAUGGUGAAAGUGAUGGAGAGCAUGGUGAGCAUGCAUUUAUGCAUGUUUGAUCGAUGGAUGGAACAGAAACUGGUUGAAAAACUUUGAAUGGUCAGAAAAGUUGGGUUGCACCAAAAGGGCGAUGGUGUUGGUGACAGUAGUUCUAAUUGGAUCAGAUCAGUAGAUUUUUUUUUUGCCAUCUGGCUUUCUUUGAGCAAUCUCAAUUACCUUUGAUGGUAGCAUUGCUGUUAUGCAAAUCAAUUUGUAAGAUAUCAUCAUUUUAGUAUCAGGCAUGUCAAGAAGUCGAGUAGUUAUUGUGUUCUUUCAAGUAUAGUUUCCACAUGAGGGACAUCAUUUAAUCUGUAAGAUUAGUCAUAGAAUAUGAAAUUUAAAUGUAAAAUUUUGUUGAUUC